AUGGCCAUUGCUUCCGCCCAGAGCCUCAGCGGGACCAUGAAACAACAAGCAAUUCGAGAACAUGCCGGCUGUCGUGCCCUGCGGUCCGAGUUCAGCCCUCGCUGCAAGGGGCUCUGCCUGUGCGUUGCGCAUGGAGGCCGAAUUCCCUUAAUCGGAAGUGGUGCUAUAGGAGCUAGCCAGGAUGUCUCUAAUCCUAUGGUUCGGGCGAGGCGCGUAAAGGAGCGGGGCGCUUGA